AUGUCUUUCCCCCACGAGCACUCCACAAGCUCCAAGUUACAUUUUUUUCACAUGUUUAAAAGCUCCUCGAGUAUUCCCUUUUGGGGAUUAUGGUUUUUUGGUUGUUGUUGUUUACUAGACUUUGCCAGUGCGAAGACGCAUCAGGCGUUGAAUGAUAAGUUUGGUGGUGCGCUGACGGAUUCGAAGGAUUAUCUUUAUGGCUCGAAUAAAUGGGGGGAUGAUGGGAGUGGAAGUCAGAAUAUGACUGUUCUUCUAGCAGAUGAUAAUGGUGCAAGUUUUAACGCGACGUGGAUGUGGGAAAAGAAUAUUCAAUAUGUCCACGCCUACCCCAACGUCGGUUUCGAAUCCAUGCAACUCCCCACGCAAAUCAGCAACAUCGAAACCUUCCACCUAAGCGGCAGCUGGUCCGUCUUCCCGGUCGGGCAAGAAUCCGCCUCAGACAUGACCACAGCCCUCAACGCCAUCGCCUGCAAAGCCGACAUUGCCCUCGACAUCUUCCUCGACAACAACAACGUCUCCUCCAGCAACGCCUCAUCCGCCACACACGAAAUCAUGAUCUGGCAAUCCGUCUGGGGCGGCGUCUGGCCAAUCGGAUACUACGAACCUUCAACCGAUGCCCCGGAAUACACAUUAAGCGGCGUCACAUACCAACUCUUCAGCGGGUUCAACCAACAAGGACAAAAACAAGCGGUAUUUUCCUGGGUUCCGAAAAUAUAUCAAGAAUCCAUUGAUGCGGAGAUAUUCGAAUUGGUCGAGGAACUCGUGAGGUUGGGUAAUGUAACGGCGGAUAUGUAUAUUGGACUUAUUCAAUUUGGAUCGGAAACGGUACAUGCGGCGCAGCCGGUAGAAUUACAAAUGAAGGAUAUUCAAAUGAGUAUAGGGGUGUCGAGUUCGAGGACUGCGGCGCCGAAGGCGACGAGUACGAGUAAGAAGGGUGGUGCGGAGAGGUUUGCGCCGCAGAUUACGAAUUUUGCUGUUCCGGCUGCGUUGGGGUUGGGAGCUAUGUUGGUCGUUUGA